GUGCGCGUGCGCAUGCGCCGUGGCGGGCGGGAGGGGGAAGUGCGACUCCCCUAGCCACGGAGCCCUUGCACCCGGCAGCCUCCUCUUCUCCAUCCUCCCCGGGCGCGGCAUCCGGGAGCAGCCGCCGGCCCGAGGGAAAAUCCAGCUGCGUUAACCUUGGGAGCUGGUGGAACUGGAGCAUCAUUGAGUCACGGGGACCUCGUGGGCAUUGCGUGGAAGAGUUUUUGCCCGGCGGGAGGAUAUUCAGCUGCCAGAGCCCUGAGGGAUGGUGGCAGUCCUACUCCAGGACUUGGGAUAUUCAACCUUCAAGCACACUUUUUUGGUGCAUCCAAAGUGCAAGGUGUAUUAGCACAGAGUGUAUGCGCUUUGGAACCUGCUGGCGUACUCGCUGUCCUUGCUCGCCACACCAGAAAUCGGUCAGUGAUUCUCCUCCUCGUGCUCGGAUCACUUGGUUUGCUUGGUCUCUUCGCACAUUUUGCACCGGGACUUGGUGAAACCUCUUGUCUUUUUUUGCACUUUCACAUGUUUCUAACCAAUGGACCCCUCUUCAAACCAAAUCCCCUUUUGGAUAUUUACCCAAAAAAUAAUUAUUUGCAUCAGGACGUGAAAGUUUCUUCUUGCCUGUUUUGGCACUGGAAGUCUGCAGAGUAGUAAUAGUAACGGAUUAUCUGUGCAAACAGUUUCAAAUCAGGAACUCUGACAAACAGCUCACUGAGUGAAUCAGAUAGCUGUUGAUUUAUUUACUGGGUAAACCAUGGGUCAAGCCCUGCACUCCCUUCUUAGCCACACCCAUGGAAAAUUCACUUGAUAAUCAAGAGGUGUCUGGACACCACAUAGUAGCAGAUCACAGGAGAUCCAUGGUAGACAUGCAUUUGCUGUAUGGUGGAACUUCCUGUUAUGCAGUUCAUUUUGCUACCUUCUUAAAUUAUCACUUCUUUUUUAUUUAUUAAGAUUUCUGGAUGAUCAUAAUUUUAACAUUUCCAGGAAUGUAUUAGAUUGUUCCACCACCCUCCCAACAACACCAACACAGUAGCUACACAAUGGCUUCUGUCCGGUUCAUGGUGACCCCUACGAAAAUCGAUGACAUCCCAGGCCUCUCUGAUACCAGCCCUGACCUCAGCUCCCGCUCUAGCUCCCGGGUUCGCUUCAGCUCCCGGGAGAGUGUUCCUGAGACAACCCGGAGUGAGGGCAUGAGUGACUUCUCUGUAGCGACUACGUCACUGGCUACGGUAGCAGCUGAUCCAGCUAGUGAUAAGAUAUCCAACCCUCGUGAUGUGACAGAAGACAUGAGUCAAACUUCCAUCACAGGGGAGCAGUGUCAGCUCUUAGAUCCUGGGCACAAAAAGGAUCUCCACAACUAUCUCAAUAACAGCAACUAUGAGGAUGGCGACGAGUACUUCGACAAGAACCUGGCACUCUUUGAGGAGGAAAUGGACACCAGGCCUAAGGUGUCCUCUCUACUCAACCGCAUGGCAAACUACACCAACCUGACUCAGGGGGCACGGGAGCAUGAGGAGGCAGAAAACAUCACGGAAGGCAAGAAGAAACCCACCAAAAUCCCCCAGAUGGGCACCUUCAUGGGCGUCUACCUUCCUUGCCUGCAAAAUAUCUUUGGAGUGAUCCUCUUCCUGCGUCUCACCUGGGUGGUGGGCACAGCUGGAGUGUUGCAGGCCUUUGCCAUUGUCUUCAUGUGCUGUAGCUGUACUUUACUGACAGCCAUAUCCAUGAGUGCCAUUGCCACCAACGGAGUUGUACCAGCUGGGGGUUCCUACUUCAUGAUCUCCCGGGCACUAGGCCCUGAAUUUGGGGGUGCUGUGGGGCUCUGCUUCUACCUUGGUACGACCUUUGCUGCUGCCAUGUACAUCCUGGGAGCCAUUGAGAUCUUUCUGAUGUACAUUGUCCCUGCGGCGGCCAUCUUCCACAGUGAGGAUAUACUGAAGGAGUCAGCAGCCAUGCUGAACAACAUGCGGGUCUACGGUUCUGCCUUCCUCCUCCUCAUGGUGCUGGUGGUCUUUGUCGGGGUGCGCUACGUCAACAAAUUUGCCUCGCUCUUCCUAGCCUGCGUCAUUGUCUCCAUCCUGGCCAUCUACGCUGGAGCUAUCAAAUCUUCCUUUUCUCCCCCCAGCUUCCCGGUCUGCAUGCUGGGAAAUCGCACACUCUCUCGUCGGCACAUAGAUGUCUGUGCAAAAACCCAGGAACAGGGCAACAUCACAGUGCCCACCCGACUCUGGGGUCUCUUCUGCAACUCCAGCAAACAGCUCAAUGCCACCUGCGAUGAGUACUUUGCCCACAACAACGUCACCUUCAUCCAGGGCAUCCCAGGUCUGGCAAGUGGCAUAAUUACUGAGAAUUUGUGGGCCAGCUAUCUGCAAAAGGGGGAGAUUGUUGAGAAGCCCUCAAUUCAUUCUGUCGAUGUGCUAGGAGCCAUGAACCAAGAGUAUGUGCUGGCUGAUAUUACCACUUCCUUCACCCUCCUCGUGGGAAUCUUCUUUCCCUCUGUCACUGGUAUCAUGGCUGGUUCAAACCGCUCUGGAGACCUGAAAGAUGCUCAAAAAUCCAUCCCCAUUGGCACCAUUCUAGCCAUUCUCACCACCUCCUUUGUCUAUCUCAGCAACGUGGUUCUCUUUGGGGCCUGUAUUGAAGGAGUAGCGCUGCGGGACAAGUUUGGUGAUGCAGUGGAUGGGAAUCUGGUGGUUGGCACACUCUCCUGGCCUUCACCCUGGGUCAUUGUUAUUGGUUCGUUCUUCUCCACCUGUGGGGCCGGACUGCAGAGCCUCACUGGUGCCCCCAGGCUGCUGCAGGCAAUCGCCAAGGACAACAUUAUACCCUUCCUACGGGUAUUUGGCCAUGGCAAAGCCAACGGGGAACCAACAUGGGCACUGCUCUUGACAGCAGGCAUUGCUGAACUGGGUAUCCUCAUUGCUUCAUUGGACCUUGUGGCUCCUAUCCUGUCUAUGUUCUUCCUCAUGUGUUAUCUCUUUGUGAACCUGGCCUGUGCAUUACAGACUUUGCUGCGUACCCCCAACUGGAGACCCCGCUUCCGUUACUAUCACUGGGCACUCUCCUUCAUGGGCAUGAGCAUCUGCUUGGCACUUAUGUUCAUUUCUUCUUGGUAUUAUGCCAUCAUAGCCAUGGUGAUUGCUGGCAUGAUCUACAAAUACAUCGAGUAUCAAGGAGCUGAGAAGGAGUGGGGUGAUGGGAUCCGGGGCCUGUCCUUAAGUGCUGCCCGCUUUGCUCUGCUGAGGCUGGAGGAGGGACCCCCUCACACCAAGAACUGGAGACCCCAGCUGUUAGUGCUUCUGAAGCUAGAUGAGGACCUGCAUGUGAAGCACCCACGCCUGCUCACCUUUGCAUCACAGCUCAAAGCUGGCAAGGGCCUUACCAUUGUGGGUUCUGUCAUGGUGGGCAACUUCCUGGACACCUAUGGAGAAGCCCUAGCAGCUGAACAGACCAUUAAGCAUCUAAUGGAGUCGGAGCGGGUAAAGGGUUUUUGCCAGGUGGUGGUGGCUGCCAAGGUUCGGGAGGGCAUCUCCCACCUCAUCCAAUCCUGUGGCCUUGGGGGCAUGAAGCACAACACGGUCGUGAUGGGCUGGCCCAGUGGCUGGCGCCAGAGUGAGGAUGCCCGUGCAUGGAAGACCUUUAUUGGCACUGUCAGGGUCACUACAGCUGCCCGACUUGCCCUCUUGGUGGCCAAGAAUAUAGCCUUUUUCCCUAGCAACGCGGACCCAUUUGUGGAAGGCAACAUUGAUGUGUGGUGGAUUGUCCAUGAUGGUGGCAUGCUCAUGUUGCUUCCCUUCCUGCUCAAGCAGCACAAGGUGUGGCGUAAGUGCAAAAUCCGUAUUUUCACGGUGGCCCAACUGGAGGACAACAGUAUCCAGAUGAAGAAAGACCUGGCUACCUUUCUGUACCACUUACGAAUUGAAGCUGAGGUGGAGGUGGUGGAAAUGCAUGACAGUGACAUCUCUGCAUAUACCUACGAGCGGACUUUGAUGAUGGAGCAGCGUUCCCAGAUGCUGCGGCAAAUGAGGCUCUCCAAGACAGAGCGGGAUCGGGAGGUGGGUGAGCUCUGUGUGCUUAGGAGGGAAAAGGAGUAUGGUGGUAAGUUACUGCUUAGGGGGUACUCACUAGUUUUCCUGAAGGCUCAGCUGGUGAAAGAUCGCAACUCCAUGCUGCGCCUAACCAGCAUCGGCUCUGAUGAAGAUGAGGAGACUGAAACCUACCAGGAGAAGGUGCACAUGACCUGGACCAAGGACAAGUACAUGGCAUCCCGUGUCCAGAAAGCAAAGACAUUAGAGGGUUUCCAGGACUUGCUCAACAUGAAGCCGGACCAUUCCAAUGUGCGGCGUAUGCACACAGCUGUGAAGCUCAACGAAGUGAUUGUGAACAAGUCGCAUGAUGCCAAAUUGGUUCUGCUGAACAUGCCUGGACCUCCACGUAACCCUGAGGGCGAUGAGAAUUAUAUGGAGUUCCUAGAGGUGCUUACAGAAGGCUUGGAACGUGUGCUGCUGGUGCGUGGGGGUGGCAGUGAGGUCAUCACCAUUUACUCCUAGUAAAUGGCUCCUCCUGCAUCUGGCUGGCUGCCUGCCUUCAUUACACUGUAGCACAUUGGACCAUUCCUUUACCUGCCUGCCUCCCCCUAGGAGCCAUCUUCUGCCACUGCAGCCUUCUUUUUCUGUCACAGAAUGAGGCCUGCUCCUUCUUUCUCCUUAGCAGGCUACCUGGUUGUUAGCCAUGGCUCAAUGGAGUGUGUAUGUGAAGGGUGGCUCAAAGCUGACACUUCCUUGGUCCUAACCCUGGAGCUGAUACAGAUCAGAAUUAGCCUAGCUAGGGGCAACUGGACAGAUAAAUGGAGUGGGAUAGUAGAUGUGGUGGGGGCACACCCCACACUGAGCCAUUACCUGAGCAUCUAAUCUAUGGUAAGAAGGGGGAGGAAGUGAAGGGACGUAACCUGAAGGGGGUGGGAUGGAGGUAGAGAUUGUUACACAGCAGGGCAGGGAGGGGUAGUAUGGUACAGAAUGAAGUAGAGGACAGAUCUAAAAUGGAUAGGUUGCAGUGGAGGAAUUCCCCCUCCCCAGGAGUCGUGUGGAACAGGUAUUCUCCAAUUCCACUUUCCAUGCAGUGCCAAAGCUGCUUUGCUUUUCUUAUUAUUUAAGUAGAGAAAAAGAGUGAGUGCAUGUAUGAAAGAGAAGUAGGAGACUGUUCAGGCUCUUCUGGACUAUCCCCCCCUUUUUGUCUAGUCUGACCCAGGCCCCCAUAACCUUUCUUCUCACUUAGACUGGCUUCAAAGGAAUCUGGUGUUUCAGGAACUGGGGCUGUUCCAUUGGUUUGCCAGAGCAGAGCACCAACAGGCACUGGCACAAAAUUCCCUUUCUGCCUCCCUGUCCUAAUAAUCAGGGACUCCUUUGGGCCCCUUCCUUCCCAGGAGGGGCUGCCCAGGAGUGAGCACCAGCUUUAUCCUAUCACUGGCUAUAAUGCUCUGGUGGCUGUAGUGAAAGGUCUGGCUGACUACUCGGAGUUGUUUUUGGUGUUACUAUUUUAGCAAUCCACCAAUGGCUCAAGCUCACCAAUUACUUGUUCUACCCUCACAGUGAUAGACCUAAGAUAAACGAGGAAAGGGAGCAUUAUCAGUCCAUGGUACCCUAGUUCACUGGUGGGGUGGGGGGGAUUCUUAGAAGUCUUCUUUCCCCGUUUCCUCCAUAAUCUGUUUAGCUUAAAAACUGUUUAAACCCCCCCCAGCAAAUGCACUGGGGGAUGCCUGGCCAAGAGCAAGUGCAAUCCUGAAGGGAGAGCAAGUUCCCUUUGUGUUAGUGAGCACAAGGAGAUGCUUACUGUAUUCCUAAUCAUGGCUGGCUAAAAUGGUUACUAGGACCUUAAAUCACCCAGGAGCCUCAAAACCAAUAAUAAUUUAAAAAACAACCCUUCUUCCUUGCUUACUUAUUUUGAACGGAUUUUUUUUUUUAGUGAGGGUGGGAUUUUUAAUUUAUUAGGGGACAAGAGGCCCCUGUUUACAUGUCACUCUUUAUGUGCAUUUUUUUGCUCUGUAACAGAACUGUAAAAAAAUAAAAAAAUUUUGUACAUGAUUUGCAGUGUCUGGGGAUGAAGUUGUGUGUUUAACAGUGACAUCCCCUCCCUACCACUCCAGGGAGUAGUGCUUCUCCUACUAAUUCCUCAUGCUGACAGCCAGGCCCUGUGCAGUUCUAUGUUAAGUGCUAACAUGAGAUCUAGCAGUACAUGAAAGAGACUGUUGCUGACAGUAUAGUGCC